ACACAACCCACCUCCGCAUACUUGCUUUGCUUUGCUCUGGUCUUUUGUUGAGCUUGUGUGAGAAAAUGGCGGGCGAGGUGGUUGUGCUGGAUACCUGGAUCAGCAUGUUUGGGAUGAGGGUGAGGAUCGCGCUGGCUGAGAAGGGAAUCAAGUACGAGUACAAGGAGCAGGACCUGAGCAACAAGAGCGACCUGCUUCUCAAGAUGAACCCGGUUCACAAGAAGAUCCCGGUUCUCAUCCACAACGGGAAACCGGUCUGCGAGUCCCUCAUCAUCGUUCAGUACAUAGACGAGGUCUGGAGGGACAGGUCUCCGCUGCUGCCAUCUGAUCCUUACCAGAGAGCUCAAGCCAGGUUCUGGGCUGAUUUCGUCGAUAAGAAGGUGUACGAUGUUUCAAGGAGGGUAUGGGGGACAAAAGGAGAAGAGCAGGAGGCAGCAAAGGAGGAGUUCUUCGAAACCUUCAAGAUAUUGGAAGGGGAGCUUGGUGACAAGCCUUACUUUGGGGGUGGGAGUUUUGGGUUUGUCGACCUUGCUCUCAUCACUUUUUACAGCUGGUUCUACGCCUACGAAACAUUUGGCAAAUUCAGCAUAGAAGGGAAGUGCCCCAAGAUUAUUUCAUGGGCUAAAAGGUACCUGCAAAGGGAGAGUGUCGCCAAGACCCUUCCCGCCCAGAAGAAGGUUUAUGAGUUCCUCGUGGAGAAGAGGAAGAGUCUUGGCUUGGAGUAAGUCUAGAAACUGUGCUGCUCUCUCUGUUCGGUCUGGGUCUCCUACCUUUAUGUAAAAAUGGCAUGUAAAUUAUCAUGAAUAAGCUGCAGUACACUUUGUUGUGUCUGCCAAAUGUUGGGUGAAAUUGUGGCCUUCCACCGUUUGGAGUGUACGCAAGUUUUGGUGUGUGUAUGCAGAAGAAUGAGAAGUCUCUCUUCUUUUCGUUUGUCAAA